AUGCCCCUCCCAUUGUUAUUGCAAUUUGGAAUAAAUGACAAUUAUGACACAACUGAAUUCUUAUAUCUCCUUGUUUGUUUGUAUUUGUCAGGUCUCUUCUCCUUAACACCUAAAAAGUCUCACACCACCCCACUGCGUAUCACUGCCGCUCGGGGAUAUUCAGAGUGUGUGCGCCACUUGAUAUGCCACGGUGCCAACCCCAACUCUACCAUAGGGGGAAGGGGAGCGCUGCACGACGCCUGCGAGGGAGCACACGCUGACUGUACCCAGCUGCUCCUAAGCCGUGGAGCAGACCCCAAUUUACAGAGUGAAGAUGGCCAGGCACCCCUCCACUUCUGUACCACAAAGGACACUCUGGAGUGUGCAAAGCAGCUGCUGGAAUAUGGCGGUAUUGUGAACCUUCCCUGCCAUUACACCCGUGCUACGCCACUGCACGUGGCAGCCACCCGUGGUCUGGAAGCCCAUGUAGCGUUGUACUUAAGCCUUGGUGCUGACCCUUGUGCCCUCAACCGUGAGGGUGAGACACCCGUUAACGCAGCCUGUGCGGCCGGCGACUCCCCGCAGCACUUUGGGCGAUACCUGAGGGCUGUAGAGAUGUUACUGAAGGCAGGGGGUUCUCCUGGCACUCCUGGGAAGAAGGGCCACGGGCCUCUGCACAAUGCCAGCUCCAACUGCCAUCUCAGGCUGGUGAAAAUGUUGCUCGACCAUGGGGCAUCUGUCAAUGUGACCAACAGCGCUGGGUACACCCCACUGGAUUGUGCGCUGCAAGUGUGCACUGAUUACCCUGAGUGUCAGCCCCAUCAGCUGAUACAGACAUUAUUCAACCAUGGCUCAGAGUCCCCUAGUGUCAAGGUGAGUCUGGGUCACGUGUCUCUCCUGUUUGAGCUAUGGCUUAAAGGGAUCAGUAUGGGGCAGGAGCGGACUGACCAUUUAGGCUCUCGGGCAGUGUCUGGGGUCAGUAGGGGGCCCCAUGAGAUGCACCUGGUACCUUUUAUAGGCUUUUUUGGGUGUGGUUUGAGUGUGGGCGGGGACACGGGCCCCAUGAUUUCCUAUUGCCCGGGGGCCGCUUGA